AUGAUGGACCAAACCCUACAAAAUGUACAAAAUGCUGCUCUGGUCCCUUCCGGAGAGACUUUCUUCGACACGAGCAGCAAGAUGCCUUCGAUUCGCUCCCUUUCCGGCCUCGCCUUGUCGGCGUUGGGUGCUGCACAGAAUGUUCUGGGGUUGGGAAUGAGCAGUCCCGUGGCGAGACAAGAUGCUUUUGCUGCGUCGGCGAGCUGUUCUACCGAUGGGCAGUUGAGUUGUCACAACAGUUCUGCCGUGGCGGACUUGUGCUGCUUCAACUCCCCUGGUGGAGCUCUCCUCCAGACGCAAUUCUGGGACACGAACCCCGUGACGGGACCGGACGAUAGCUGGACCAUCCAUGGCCUGUGGCCCGACAACUGUGAUGGAACUUAUGAAGCCAACUGUGAUGAUGCCAGAGCAUACACCAACAUCACCCAAAUCCUGCAGGCUGCUGGCCAGACCGACCUUGUCAACUACAUGCAAACCUACUGGACCAGCAAUUCCGGCUCCUCCGAGACCUUCUGGGAGCACGARUGGGGAAAGCAMGGGACUUGCAUCAGCACUCUCGACCCGGACUGCUACACCAAUUAUCAACCCACGGAGGAAGUUCCCGAAUUCUUCAACCGCACAGUCUCCCUCUUUCAAUCCCUUCCAUCCUACAAAUGGCUCUCCGAAGCAGGCAUCACGCCCUCCACUUCGACAACUUACUCUCUGAGCCAAAUCCAGAAUGCUCUGGCCAAGAACCACGGCGGCUUCACACCUUACGUGGGCUGUCGAUCCGGCGAACUGGACGAGCUGUGGUACUUUUAUAACGUCAAGGGAUCCUUGCAGAGUGGGAACUUCAUCGCCGCAGAGUCGUUGACGAGAUCCAACUGUCCCAGCAGCGGAAUCAAAUACAAGCCCAAAAAUGGCGGUGCUUCUCCAACAUCCACCUCCUCCYCUCCCGGCUCCACUCCUACCUCCUCUCCAGGAACCCCCUUCUCCGGAUCCGGCUACCUCAACGUCCUCACCAACGGAUCCCAAAAGGGAUGUAUCAUAUCUGCGGGAACAUGGUAUACUUCCGGCACUUGCGCGACCAUCACAGCUACUCCUUCCGGGGAGGAGGGCUUCACGCUGAAAUCUUCAAAGGGAAGCUGUGGCAUUGUUUCGGGCAAGUUGACGUGUGGAUCGAGUGUUGCUGCCACCGUGUUUGGAGCGAAUGCGACGACGUUAUUGUAUGGUGGUAGUGGGGAUUUCUCGGCCGACUCCACCGCGAGUGGGAGUACGCAGGUUGCUGUCUAUGAGGGCAGUGCACAUUCUGUGGGGUUGGAGAUUCAGUGGCAGGGAAAGUAG